AUGUUCCCCUUGACUGAGGCCGACGCUCAGCUGCUGCUUGCUGCUCAGGUGCACCUUGGUGCUAAGAACGUUCAGGUUCGCAAUGAGCCCUACCUUUAUAAGAAGCGUGCCGAUGGCGUUUCCGUCAUCCGCUUCGACUCUACCUGGGAGAAGAUCGUUUUGGCCGCCCGUAUUAUCGCCGCCGUUCCCAACCCGGCCGACAUCGUUGCCAUCUCUGCCCGUACCUACGGUCAGCGUGCUGUCUUGAAGUUCGCUUCCCACACCGGUGCCACUGCUCUUGCCGGCCGUUUCACCCCCGGUAGCUUCACCAACUACAUCACCCGCUCUUUCAAGGAGCCCCGCCUCAUCAUUGUCACCGACCCUCGCACUGAUGCCCAGGCUAUCCGUGAGGCCUCGUACUCCAACAUCCCCGUCAUUGCUCUUUGCGACCUUGACUCCCCUGUUGAGUACGUCGACGUUGCCAUCCCCUGCAACAACAAGUCCAAGCACUCCCUUGGUCUCGUCUGGUGGUUGCUUGCCCGUGAGGUCCUCCGCAUCCGCGGCACCCUCCCCGACCGCACCACCGAGUGGUCUGUCAUGCCCGAUCUCUACUUCUACCGUGAUCCUGAGGAGGUCGAGGCUCCUGCUACCGAGGAGACUGCUGAGGUCCAGGCUGAGGCCACCACUGUCUUUGCUGAGGCCCAGCCCACUUACUCCGAGGACUGGGAUGUCAAGCCUGAGGCCGGUGCUUCUAACUGGGCUGAGGACGACAACUGGAAUACCGGUGCCGCUGCCACCACUGCAUAA